ACGGCCCCAGCCCCCCUCACCUCUUCAUAUGCUCUCCACACGCCUUCGUCUCCAUUUCAUUGCCCGAUCUCUGCUCAUUUUCGUCCAUAGAUAUACACAAAGCGUACACAAUCACGCAGUCAGAUGAAUCACUGCUCGCUCUUGCGCAUCUCCUCCGCCUCCCUGUGCCGGCCCAACAGGCUCUUCCCUUCGUCAGCGUUCUCUCCGUGCCGGCCUUCUGCUGCUGCCGCUUUCUACCAGCGCCAGUUUCGGCCUCUGAGUUUCGCUUCCACUUUUAGGUCGCUGCGUUGCUCGGCGCCGCGGUUGAGCCAAGGCGGUGAUUGGAAAUCGCCUGUUGGCCUCGCAUCUCAGAUCAGAACCGCAGCUCCCGUUUUCACCGAGUUCCGUCGGAAGAUUGCUUCCAUGGCAUCUGUGAAUCCAUACAAAGGAAUCUUUACCAGUCUUCCCAAGCCAGGAGGUGGAGAAUUCGGAAAGUUCUAUAGUUUGCCAGCUCUCAAUGAUCCAAGGAUUGAUAAGCUGCCUUACUCAAUCAGGAUCCUUCUGGAAUCUGCCAUUCGCAAUUGUGACAACUUUCAAGUGACCAAGGAAGAUGUUGAGAAAAUUAUUGACUGGAAAAACACUGCUCCUAAGCUAGUGGAAAUACCCUUUAAGCCGGCUCGAGUCUUAUUACAAGAUUUUACUGGUGUCCCGGCAGUUGUAGACCUUGCAUGUAUGCGUGAUGCCAUGAAUAGGCUAGGGAGUGAUUCUAACAAGAUCAACCCUUUGGUUCCAGUGGAUCUUGUUAUUGAUCACUCAGUUCAAGUGGAUGUUACAAGGUCAGAAAAUGCUGUUAAGGCUAAUAUGGAGCUUGAGUUCCAAAGGAACAAGGAGAGAUUUGCUUUCCUAAAAUGGGGUUCUAAUGCUUUCCGUAAUAUGCUUGUUGUCCCUCCUGGUUCUGGAAUUGUCCACCAGGUGAAUCUUGAGUAUCUUGGACGAGUUGUCUUUAACACUGAUGGUGUUCUCUAUCCCGAUAGUGUGGUUGGAACAGAUUCCCAUACAACCAUGAUUGAUGGACUAGGAGUUGCUGGCUGGGGUGUUGGAGGAAUUGAAGCUGAAGCAGCUAUGCUUGGUCAGCCAAUGAGUAUGGUAUUGCCUGGAGUUGUUGGUUUCAAGUUAUCAGGACACUUACGGGAUGGUGUAACAGCAACAGACUUGGUUUUAACUGUCACUCAAAUGCUUAGGAAGCAUGGUGUUGUUGGAAAGUUUGUUGAAUUCCAUGGUGAUGGUGUGGGUAAAUUAUCGUUGGCUGAUAGAGCAACCAUUGCUAACAUGUCUCCUGAAUAUGGUGCCACAAUGGGAUUUUUCCCUGUAGACAAUGUGACCUUGCAGUACCUUAAACUGACUGGGAGAAGUGAUGAAACAGUGGCGAUGAUUGAAGCAUAUCUUCGUGCAAAUAACAUGUUUGUUGAUUAUAAUGAGCCUCAACAAGAAAGAGAGUACUCAUCUUCCUUGCAACUAGACCUUGCAGACGUGGAACCAUGCUUGUCAGGUCCAAAGAGACCACAUGAUCGUGUGGCACUUAAAGAUAUGAAAUCUGACUGGCACGCUUGCCUUGAUAACAAAGUGGGAUUUAAGGGAUUUGCUGUGCCAAAGGAUGCACAAGAAAAGGUGGCAAAAUUUUCCUUUAACGGGCAACCUGCAGAGCUCAAGCAUGGUAGUGUUGUGAUUGCUGCUAUAACAAGCUGCACAAAUACAUCAAAUCCUAGUGUUAUGCUUGGAGCAGGGCUUGUUGCUAAAAAGGCUGCUGAGCUGGGCCUUCUGGUAAAGCCAUGGAUUAAGACAAGCCUUGCCCCAGGAUCUGGGGUUGUAACAAAAUAUUUGCUUCAGAGUGGACUGCAGAAAUAUUUGAAUGAACAAGGGUUCCACAUUGUUGGAUAUGGUUGCACAACUUGCAUUGGCAAUUCUGGCGAUCUGGAUGAGACAGUUGCUUCUGCAAUAUCAGAAAAUGAUAUUGUUGCAGCUGCCGUUCUUUCAGGAAAUCGGAAUUUUGAAGGCCGUGUUCAUGCCUUGACACGUGCCAAUUACCUUGCUUCACCUCCUUUAGUGGUUGCCUAUGCCCUUGCUGGCACGGUUGAUAUUGACUUUGAGAAAGAUCCAAUUGGGGUAGGGAAGGAUGGUAAGGAUGUGUAUUUCAGAGAUAUCUGGCCAACAAAAGAAGAAGUUGCCGAGGCUGUCCAAUCCAGUGUGUUGCCUGACAUGUUCAAGAGCACAUAUGAAGCCAUCACCAAGGGUAACCCUAUGUGGAAUCAAUUAUCCGUUCCAGAAUCGAAGCUGUACUCAUGGGAUUCCCAUUCUACAUACAUCCACGAACCGCCAUAUUUCAAAGGAAUGACUAUGGAUCCCCCGGGUCCCCAUGGUGUGAAGGAUGCUUAUUGCCUCUUGAACUUUGGUGAUAGCAUCACGACAGAUCAUAUCUCACCGGCUGGGAGCAUUCACAAGGAUAGUCCGGCUGCUAAGUUCCUCCUUGAAAGAGGUGUCGAUCGCAAGGACUUCAACUCGUAUGGAAGCCGUCGGGGUAAUGAUGAAAUUAUGGCGAGGGGAACCUUUGCCAAUAUCCGCCUCGUGAACAAGCUGCUGAAUGGUGAAGUUGGGCCAAAGACUGUUCAUGUUCCCACCGGAGAGAAGCUUUCUGUUUUUGAUGCUGCGAUGAAAUACAAGUCUGAAGGAAAGGACACAAUAAUCUUGGCAGGAGCUGAGUAUGGAAGUGGCAGUUCUAGAGAUUGGGCUGCCAAGGGACCAAUGUUGUUGGGAGUAAAAGCAGUUAUAGCGAAGAGCUUUGAGAGGAUUCAUCGCAGUAACUUGGUUGGGAUGGGAAUCAUUCCCCUGUGUUUCAAGGCAGGAGAAGAUGCCGAUUCACUUGGGUUGACCGGACAUGAGCGUUACACCAUAGAUCUUCCCACCAAUGAACUUCGCCCCGGUCAGGAUGUGACAGUUAGGACUGACAAUGGUAAAACUUUCACUUGCACCGUGCGCUUUGACACAGAGGUGGAGUUGGCAUAUUUCGGUCACGGGGGCAUUCUUCCUUACGUUAUUCGCCAAUUGACUCAGCAGUGAGUGAUUGCCCCGGUCUUUGUGUUCACAAUGCAGUAAGUAGUGCACAGGUGAAAUUGUUGGAUUCACUAAACUCGAGAGUGGAGAAUAAAGGAAUAUGUCAUACGCUCACAUUUUGAGCAUCGCAAUUUUGCACUCAAUGCUGGUAGGUAAGUGUAAAAUGAAUGAAUUCUAUUGCGGGAUUGAUUUCAACUCUUCGAUUUGGGCAUUAGGAAUCUCUUUCUGCUCAAUGAUAGCUGUGUUUUUUCACCUUCUUUUCAAAAUAAAGAUUACGCAGGCCCUCAAGUUUGGCUUUUACUCAAUUCCCUUUAAAAAGAUGCCAAAACGACACAUUGCCAUUUGUGGUUCUCAUAUUCGCCCCUAUGUACAAUCUUCUCUAUACACCAAGUUUGGCUGUCUGAAGUUUUGGUUGAAAACAAAAUGGAAGAGAAAAUUAAAGAGAAACUCUUAGGUCCCGUUUGGUACAUGAAAUUCAAGCUAUGGAAUUGGAAUUGGAGACUUCAAUUCCUAUUUUGGUGUUUGG